AACCGAUCGAAUAAUAUACAUAUAUAUAUACAGAAUCACAAUUCACAGAUAAUCCUAACAGAAUCACAAUUCACUGAAUACUCUUCGGCUCUUCCGCAACUCCUCGCUCGUCCUCUUCUCUUCCCCCAAAUAUCGAUUCGCCCCUACCUGUGGUCCUCUCCCUCGUCUCUUCCCAAAACCCUCCGCCGUCUCCAAAUCUUCCGCCGCGGCCGCUGCUCCUCUCCCCUAAAUCGCCCCAAUCCAAGUCAUCCCCCAAAUCGUCUUCUCCGAUUCUAAGUAGCUGUGUGCGUCUGAGACUCAAAGCUCCUUGUCAUCUGUCAAGACUCAAGAACUCCUUUUCUCCAGUCGUCGAUUUGUCUAUUUCGCCAAUAAUUUGUGUUGGUUGGGAUCCGAAGGAUUAGGGCCGGGAGAGAGGAAAAUGGACGCUUUGUGUGUUGCUGCUCAUACUCCCUAUUCUUCUUCUUCAUCUUAUUCGCUUGCCAUAAAUGCCCGCUUAUCCUACGCACCAAGCCUUAACCAGUGCACCUCCCAGCUCCCCGCAUUCCGACCACCGUCCCAUGUCUUGACUUAUUCCCAGUCUCGCCGCUUUGCCUCCCGCAAACCCCACAGGCCCCGCAUCUUCCUUCCCCUCGUAGUUGCUUCAAUGGAGCAAGUGGAAGAGACUUAUAUCAUGAUUAAGCCAGAUGGAGUUCAGCGUGGUCUUGUGGGGGAGAUAAUUUCCAGGUUUGAGAAGAAGGGUUUUAAGAUGACUGGAUUGAAGCUAUUUCAAUGCCCCAAAGAACUAGCCCAGGAGCAUUAUAAAGAUCUGCAGUCAAGACCAUUCUUCCCCAAAUUGACCGACUACAUUACUUCUGGCCCUGUUGUUUGUAUGGCUUGGGAGGGCGUGGGUAUUGUAGCCUCAGCCCGUAAAUUGAUUGGAGCUACAAAUCCUCUAGAUGCGAAUCCCGGCACAAUUAGAGGAGAUCUUGCCGUCCAUACUGGAAGGAAUGUGGUUCAUGGAAGUGACAGUCCUGAAAACGGCAAACGUGAAAUAGGUGAAGUUUCGUAUAACCUCUGUGGUUCAAAGAAGGAGAACUAUGCGAAUGGACACCUGCACAAGAACCGUGGGUUAAGGAAUAAUUCUUUUGCAACAACUCAGUUUGGAAUUUCUUCUACCUUCGUCAAAGCAUUUGAUUCACAUACAAGAGGUGUAAACUGAAAGAGUCCAAUUUUUGUUUUGUUCCUUUCUAAUUCCCAACCCAAACGAGUUACAAUGUCAUUGUUAUUAAUUUUGUGAAAUCUGUGGUUUUAUUAUUUAUUUAUUAUAGUCCACAUUAAAAUAGGUGUUACCAUAAGGUCACUGCAUACUGGGGUUUGCCUGUGUUAAGUGGAAUCAUGUGCUUAGAUGCACGGCACUAUCACUAAGUGUAAACAAGCCGAGCUAAGCUCAAUUGUCUAAAAAAAGAGCCGAUGAACAAGUUCAAGUUGGAUUCGAUAAUCAAUAUUAACAAGUUGAACUUACGUUGAACUAUAGAA